AUGGGCGGAUGGAAGGGGCCCGGGCAGUGCCGGGGAAGGGAAGGGCCGAGGAGUGGCGGCGGCGGCGGCGGCGGGAUUCCCGCGCCGCUGAGCCCGGCCCGAGAGCCCCUCCGCCUUCCUGCCUCCUGCCCGCCGCCCCGGGGCGCCGCCAUGACGCCCGAUCUGCUCAACUUCAAGAAGGGAUGGAUGUCAAUCUUGGACGAGCCUGGAGAGUGGAAGAAGCAUUGGUUUGUGCUGACAGAUUCCAGCCUGAAGUAUUACCGGGACUCUACCGCCGAGGAGGCAGAUGAGCUGGAUGGUGAGAUUGACCUGCGCUCCUGCACAGACGUCACGGAGUACGCGGUGCAGCGCAACUAUGGCUUCCAGAUCCACACCAAAGACGCCGUCUACACCUUGUCGGCCAUGACCUCGGGCAUCCGACGGAACUGGAUUGAAGCUCUGAGGAAGACCGUGCGACCAACUUCAGCCCCAGAUGUCACCAAGCUCUCGGACUACAACAAGGAGAAUGCACUGCACAGCUAUGGCACCCAGAAGGGCUCGCUGAAGGCAGGGGAGCAGCGGGCAGGCUCUGAGGUCAUCGGCCGGGGUGGCCCACGGAAGGCAGAAGGGCAGCGGCAGUCCCCGGACUACGUGGAGCUCUCGCCGCUGACUCAGAGCUCCCCGCAGCGGGCCCGCCCGCUGGCCCGCGCUCCCGACCGCCCAGCCAAGCGUGAAGAGCUGGAGCGGGACCUGGCCCAGCGCUCCGAGGAGCGGCGCAAGUGGUUCGAGGCCACGGACAGCAGGGCCAUAGAGACGCCGUCUGGCGAAGGACCACGCCGGACACUGGGCGCCCCCCUGACGGAGGACCAGCAGAACCGGCUCAGCGAGGAGAUUGAGAAGAAGUGGCAAGAGCUGGAGAAGCUGCCACUGCGGGAGAACAAACGGGUGCCGCUUACUGCCCUGCUCAACCAAAGCCGCAGCGAGCGCCGAGGGCCCUCGAACGACAGCCAUGAGGCCCUGGAAAAGGAGGUCCAGUGUCUUCGUGCCCAGCUGGAGGCGUGGCGUCUCCGAGGGGAGGCGCCUCAGGACGCACCCAGGUCCCAGGAGGACGGCCACAUCCCCCCGGGCUACAUCUCCCAGGAGGCAUGCGAGCGCAGCCUGGCCGAGAUGGAGUCCUCGCACCAGCAGGUGAUGGAGGAGUUGCAGCGGCACCACGAGCGGGAGCUGCAGCGGCUGCAGCAGGAGAAGGAAUGGCUCCUGGCCGAGGAGACGGCAGCUACCGCUUCAGCCAUCGAAGCCAUGAAGAAAGCCUACCAGGAGGAGCUGAGCCGGGAGCUGAACAAGACACGGAGUCUCCAGCAAGGCCCAGAUGGCCUCCGGAAGCAGCAUCAGUCAGACGUGGAGGCACUGAAGCGGGAGCUGCAGGUGCUAUCGGAGCAGUACUCCCAGAAGUGCCUGGAGAUCGGGGCCCUGACACGGCAGGCCGAGGAGCGUGAGCACACACUGCGGCGCUGCCAGCAGGAGGGCCAGGAGCUGCUGCGCCACAACCAGGAGCUGCACACUCACCUGUCGGAGGAGAUCGACCGGCUGCGUAGCUUCAUCGCUUCGCAGGGCACAGGCAACGGCUGUGGGCGCAGCAGUGAGCGGAGUUCCUGCGAGCUGGAGGUGCUGCUGCGGGUGAAGGAGAACGAACUUCAGUACCUGAAGAAGGAGGUGCAGUGCCUCCGGGAUGAGCUCCAGAUGAUGCAGAAGGACAAGCGCUUCACCUCGGGAAAAUACCAGGAUGUGUAUGUGGAGCUGAACCACAUCAAGACACGGUCGGAGCGCGAGAUCGAGCAGCUGAAGGAGCACCUCCGCCUCGCGAUGGCUGCCCUACAGGAGAAGGAGUCUAUGCGCAACAGCCUGGCCGAGUAGAGGUCCUCUUGGGCCAGGCCAGCUGGAGACCCUUCAGCCCAAGGGACCAGCCUCCCUCCUUCCCUGCUGGAUGGAAGCCAGAAGCCAAGCUUUCUCCCACCCUCUGUGGGCCGCACGUGCACUCACACCCACCACACACACACACCCCACACAUAUGCGCAGACAUACAUGAUGUGUGCACAUACACGCACGCACACGCACAUGCACACAUGUAAACACACUACACACUUGCAUGUAUACACACAUGUGCACACACAUACACAUACAUACACACACACAGACACACACUGCAUAUCUGAGCGCCCCUCGCACUGGGUCUUACCUUGCACCUUCUUCAGGAUUUUAUAUGUGAAGAGAUUUUUAUAUAGAUUUUGUUCCUUUUUUUCCCAAAACACUUUAUACGUUUUAAAAAAACAAUUGCUGGUAUCUGUGCCUCCAGCACUGGCUCCCCCUCUGUCUCCAGCAGCCCCCCACUUGAGUUUCUGGGCCCAUGGCCCUGCGCCAAGGGUCUAGUGGAGGCCCAGGCAGUGACCAUGGCAGUGAACUCCAUGGGGAGAGGCAGGGAGCCAGCCAUCCUCUCUCCCUACCCCACCUCCUACUAACUACUUCCUGCCCUGGGUAGACCCAUACCCUGGGGCUCUGAACAGAGGGACAGAUGGACAGAGGGAGUGGGCAGCUGUCCCAUGGCCUCCUUCUCUGAGGGGGUGCUGGGCAUGGAACCGUUGGAGCCGCCCCAUAAAGACAUUUCUCUCCUGCUCCCCAAACCUUCUUAACUUAAUAAAAUGUUCCAAUAGCU